GGGGUCGGGCUCCCCGAUCGGCCCGCUGGCUAGCCUGUGGUGAGAGUCCUCCGGGCGAGGUCUCCCGGGGGCCGGCGGCUCCGGGGUGCACACGGGGCUCCCAGGACUCAGUGGUGCACGGACCUGAGUCUUUACGGCGGCUCCUGCCCAAGUCUCGCGAGAGCACGGCGGCAGGUCUCGCGGUACGCGGGCGCGGGCGCCGAGGAGGGAGAUCUGAGCGGCGGCGGCGAUCGCCGGGUCUGAGCAAAGUGGCCAUGGAUGACCUGGGGGAAAACACCACUGUGCUGUCCACGCUGCGGUCUUUGAACAACUUCAUCUCUCAGCGUGUGGAGGCUGGGUCCGGCCUGGAUGCUGUCACCUCCGCCCCAGGUUCUCUGCAGACACAGUAUCAGCAGAGCAUGCAGCUGGAGGAACGAGCGGAGCGGAUCCGUUCCAAGUCCCAGGUGGUCCAGGUGGAGCGGGAGAAGAUGCAGAUGGAGCUGAGCCACAAGAGAGCACGAGUGGAGCUGGAGCGGGCGGCCAGCACCAGUGCCAGGUGCUACGAGCGCGAGGUGGACCGCAACCAGGAGCUGUUGACGCGCAUUCGGCAGCUGCAGGAGCGGGAGGCUGAGGCGGAGGAGAAGAUGAAGGAGCAGCUGGAGCGCCAUAGGCUGUGUGAGCAGAGCCUGGCCGCUGCCGGCCAGAAGCUGCGGGAGAAGGAGGACGGCCUUGCUGCCGCCGGGGAGACCAUCAGCACGCUGAAGGGGAGGGUCUCCGAGUUGCAGUGGAGCGUGAUGAACCAGGAGAUGCAGGUGAAGAGCCUGGAGUCUGAGAAGCAAGAGCUCAAGGAGCAGCUGGCCUUGCAGCACAAGAAAUGUCAGGAGGCUAAUCAGAAGGUUCAGGAGCUCCAGGCCAGCCAGGAAGCCAGGGCCGACCAGGAGCAGAGGAUCAGGGAUCUGGAGCAGAAGCUGUCCCUGCAGGAACAGGAUGCCGCAGUCGUGAAGAAUAUGAAGUCGGAGCUGGUGCGGCUGCCCAAGCUGGAGAGGGAGCUGAAGCAGCUGCGGGAGGAGAGCGCCUACCUGCGGGAGAUGCGGGAGACCAACGGGCUGCUCCGGGAGGAGCUGGAGGGGCUGCGGCGGCGGCUGGGACGCCAGGAGAAGUUGCAGGAAAGUCUGGUCAUCCUGGAGCUGGAGAAGGAGAAGCUGCUGGCAAAACUGCAGAGCUGGGAGCGGCUGGAGCAGACCACGGGCUUGAGCAUCAGAACCCCGGAAGACCUGUCCAGGUUUGUUGUUGAGCUGCAGCAGCGGGAGCUGGCCUUGCAGGACCGGAACAACACCAUUACCACCAGCGCCCGCGGGCUGGAGAAGGCUCGGCAGCAGCUCCAGGAGGAGGUCCGCCAGGUCAGCAGCCAGCUGCUGGAGGAGAGGAAGAAGCGGGAGACGCAGGAGGCCUUGGCGCGGAGACUCCAGAAGCGGGUCCUGCUGCUGACGAAGGAGCGGGACGGCAUGCGCGCCAUCCUGGGUUCCUACGACAGUGAGCUGACUGCGGCUGAGUACUCACCCCAGCUGACGCGUCGCAUGCGUGAGGCCGAGGACAUGGUGCAGAAAGUGCACGCGCACAACUCGGAGAUGGAGGCUCAGCUGUCACAGGCCCUGGAGGAGCUGGGAGGCCAGAAGCAACGAGCAGACAUGCUGGAGAUGGAGGUGAAGAUGCUGCAGUCCCAGACCAGUGCUGCCGAGCAGAGCUUCCCGCUGUCCAGGGAGGAGGCCAGCUCACUCCGGUUGAAGAUUGAGGAACUGGAAGGGGAGCGCAGUCGUCUGGAAGAAGACAAGAAGAUGCUGGAAAUGCAGCUCGAGCGGUUCACCCUGCAGGGUGGCUACGACCAGAGCAGGACCAAAGUGCUGCACAUGAGCAUGAACCCGGCCAGCGCGGCCAAGCAGCGGCUCCGUGAGGACCAGGCCCGGCUGCAGGAAGAGUGUGAGCAGCUGCGGGAGCUCGUGCGUGCCCUGGAGCGAGGCGGCCCUGUCCCCGCUGACCUGGAGGCUGCCGCAAGUCUGCCUUCGUCCAAGGAACUAACAGAGCUGAGGAAGCAGGUGGAGAGCGCCGAGUUGAAGAACCAGCGGCUCAAGGAGGUCUUUCAGACUAAGAUCCAGGAGUUCCGGAAAGUCUGCUAUGCGCUCACUGGCUACCAGAUUGACAUCACGACAGAGAACCAGUACCGGCUGACGUCCAUGUACGCCGAGCACAAAGCCGACUGCCUCAUCUUCAAGACCCCAGGGUGUUCCAGGUCGUCCUGCAUUACCCCCCACCGGAGGCGAUGGGACUCUGUCAUGACAAGGCCACGGGACCGUCGGGCGCCAAGAUGCAGCUGCUGGAGACGGCGUUCUCGAGCUCUGUGCAGGAGCUCAUCGAGCUGCACCUGCUGCGGCAAGACAGCAUCCCGGCCUUCCUCAGUGCCCUCACCCUCGACCUCUUCAGCCGCCAGACCGUGGCCUAGCCUGCGCCCAACGCCCGGCGGCAGCCGACCAGUCAGCUCCACGGGGGAGGCAGGCAGCCACUCCCCCGACGCCCCCAGUCCAGCUCCGGGGCCACACACUGGCCCUCCUCCCAGGAGCCCUGUGGGCGUCCCCUGGAGCCAGCGGGGGGCCGAGCUGCCAGAGGGACAGAGGAAUCCACCGUCCCCCUCCCCCAGUACGUGCGCUCUGGCAGGUCCAGGUGAGGCCUGGGGGCCGUGUGGCCUCCCCUCCCCAGUGUGGGCUGCUGGCCGACAUCCCUGCUCCUCAUGAAAUAAAUUCUGCUCCUUGGCCACCC